AUGCAAAAGGGCAAUAGCGUAGAUAUAAGCAUAUGUGAAUCUCAUAAUCAUGAAGCAGAUGACCCCACAGCGCCUUUCAACGAGGUCGAAGCAUUCAACUCGAUUUGGGAAGCACUUAAAUGGAAACAUAUUCGUGCUCGAGUUCCUGUCUGUCUGCGAAAAACACUGCGCAGCCGUUAUAUGUUGGCUAAUUUAGUAUAUCUAGGCUAUGCUAUUGGUAUUCUGAUUAUUGACUUUAAUCCUCAAGUCAAUGGAUCUGCAGACAGUUCGUCUGUUGUUCAAAACAAUACAUAUACGACACCUGUGGUACCGACUCUUGAGCAAUCAAUCAGCAACACCCCAUUGGUGAAUCGAUUGUACCUAGAGAAAAAAUGUUCACAUAUAGCUCAUCCUUACAUUUAUAUAGGUAUCAGCUAUUCUCUACAAUUAAUUUCAGGCUUUGCUAUUGUUCAUAUUGUCUCGGCCUUUCUCUACUGGUGGGCAUGGGCUGGGCGAUCGUGGUUGGACGUUAUUAUGAUUCCUGAAUACCUGAAUCAUAUCGAAGCUGGACUCUAUCUCUGGUCAGCUAACUGGUAUCCGAAAGCAGACACAAUGGGUAGUUACUAUACAUUAGCGGUGCAUAAAAUCGAGUUGACAGCAGCAAUAGUUGAACUAUUUGCUUCAUUCGGCUGGAUAAUGUCUUGGUAUAUGACUUACACCCGGACACUGGGCCGUGGUUUUACCCUUGAUGAUCCAGAUGUUAUUGCAUUUUCCUGCACUAGUAUUAGUUCGAUCAUCUACAUUGUCUACAAUAUCCAGAUCAAUGUUGAUCCGUUGCAAUAUGGCACAAACACUUUGUAUACGUACGGUGAUAUUGUUUAUUUUGUUGGCGCUUGCUAUUAUAUUUUCGCAUGUUUGCGGGAUGAUAAUUGGUUUUGGUUUUUACCUCUUUCCGGUCAAUAUGGUGUUGCAGCUGGGCGAAUACGAGUAGAAACAAAGGAUCUACCACAGAUUGGAAGACCAGUCGUAUUGAUGACCGAUCCAUAUCGUCGCCGAAAUCGAAAGAUGGGACCGACAGAACCGACAGCCAUUGAUCUGGUGAUAGUUAGUCAUCUUUGA